UGAUUUACGCGCAAGUUGUAAACAAAAAUGGCGCGGGCCGUAACUGCGAGUAGCGAUUGAGAUUACGUUUGAAAUUCGUUUCUUUCUCCGCAACGUAACCACAACUCGUUAUGACUAACCUGGACAGGAGCGAUCACGCCUUCCCGAAGCGCUUCCAGCUCCAGACUGGCGGUGCUAACGACGUGUCGAGUCGAAUAAGCUCGGUGUUCGACUCGCUGAACGGACUCGAAGCCAAGCACCAGGCUUGGGAGCGCACUCACAAGGACGACGCUUGUUCGGGGCAGUCGUACCUCAAGGAAGACCCGGAGGACGACUUCGCAACCAAGCCAUCGCCUACUUCGGAUGGCGUCUUCAAGAGACCGUGGUCGUCGGCGCCAUGCGGUCCGCGCAAGCGCCCGCGCGGCGCUGCCAGGUCCGGUGUGGAGCGCUUCGGUUCUUCGGCCAGCACCACUCCCGACUACAAAGUCCACCCCGAGCGAUGGACGUGCUACAGUUUGGACAGCGUGCCCGAGGAAGACAUGUCCGAGGCGAGCAACAAAGCUGCCGCGUUGGACUAUCUGCGCGAGAGACAACUUCAGAGAGAACAUCAGUCGCAGGACGGCGUAGAAGGCGGGGUCGUAGUCGAUUCCGGCGGGGACGCGCCCGCAAUAGGAAGGCACGUGUUUCAGAAGCGCUCCUCGGACGACGCCGACAUGGAGGACGCGACCGCGGAAACGCCACCGCGUCGCAUCGGAACUGGCAAGUUGGUUAUGCCCGAAUGCGUCGUCGGGGUCAAGCCCACUGGCGGCAAGAAGGCCUCCGCUGGCGGCCGUCAGAGGAGCACGUCUUUGCCGGCGGGCUCGUCUAGCUCGCUCAUCAGUUUCGACUGCGCUGACUUUGACGACGACCGCGACGAGCUGGACGUUGACGACGAAGAAGACGUAACGGCCGAAGUUGCCGACAAAGCCACCGAGCGCACUGCUGUAAAGAAAGGCCGCAUGCUACGCGCUAGGACCGACGACGAGGACUGAAAUCUGCGCGUGAAAAUGGCCGCUUUAUUUUCGAGGGCAAGAAGGAACCGGAGAAGACAGAGAGAGAGAGAGAGAGAGAAAAAAAGCGGGCGUCUGAGCUUUUAUUUCAGAAGCACCUCUUUCUUUCGCCACCUUGGUGUUAUUCUGGUUGGGGAGCUGAUCAUCGCAGAAUCAUCCUUGUCAUCCAUCAUACAUUUCGCUCAUACCUUCAAUGGGGGCUGGCUUAGAGAAUGGUUACAUUAUAUCAGUUUAUUACGUCUGAAUAUCACUUCUCCCGUUCUUUAUGGGCACACAUGUAUUUGUGGUGUGGCAGUAGGCGGGUGGACAGCCCCAUUAAUCAACGAGCGAAGAUGAAAGAAAUUGGCAUCUUUCAAAUGUUGAAGUUCUAACACUGCAUGCAGCGUGUGAAGUGCGUGCGGUUUCAAAACAGUGAAAACAGCAGCAAAA